AUGGCCUAUAGCGGACCGUAUCUCUGCUCCGUCGAGUAUUCGCUCUACGUGAAGCUGACACAGCCGGGGCGCGCCUCAAUCUCGUUGAACAGAGGUCUCAACGCGGUCAAGAAAGUGACGGCCCACGCUUUCUCCGACGGUCCACACUUUCUCGACACCGCAGGUUCUGGACCCGAGCCUCGACGAGGAGCAAACCCCUCCCACGACGAGCACGCAUUCCCUCCGCCCGCGAAGCUUAUCACAAGUUCUUUCAAAUUGCCUCUCGUACCUCACACUAUCCACCACUCUGGCCCUGGUGCCGAUUUUUCCACCUACAACAUCGCCAGGUCGCAUUCGCUGGACGCCCAGUUCGAGAUGCAGUACGGCGAGAAGAGAUCCAAAUUCCGCCUGAGAAAGAUCCCCGCUCCGGAUCCUGUCCCGGCCUGCUACUGUGCGGAGGAGGAGGACCACCAUCAUAACGAUCUCCGGCCCGGAGGCAGGAGGCUGAAUCAAAUCGCAUGUACAUCGGAUCAUGACGGCGGUGGGGAUCAAGAUGAUGUCUGGAUUAUCCCGCCUCCCUCGGAGUUCGAUCUCAAUGAUGACGAGAUCGUCGCCAACGCUCUGAUCGCGGAACCGCUGCCGCAGUAUCCUUGA